AUGCAUGGUGCUGGCAAAGAACGCGUGGAAAACAUUGUGGAAGAAUACUCCCAGAAAGGUGGAGAUGUGCGGAAGAGGCUGAAUGAAACCGCUGAGCUACAUGAGCAACAGAAAAUCAGUUUAAGACUGAUCAUUGCUGAUUUGCAGACCAAACUGAUGGAAGUGCAGUUGGAAAGAGAUGCGCUUCGGGACUCCAGAGAAAAGGAAUCCCAGAGCCAAGAGAAUGUAAAAAUACAGCUAAAAAAUACUAUUCGAGAGCUGGAAGCUGCCAACCAGCUGCAGGGGGAGAUGCUGAGGGAGGCUGACAGCCAAGCUGAGCAUCUGAAAAAGGUGGUCCACAGCCACGAAGAAGUACUUCUGGGACUUCGUGGCAUCCUAAAGGACUAUGAAGACAGCACAGGCAAGAAACUCUGUGAGCGUGAAAAUAUUACUAGCCUAUACAUCCACAGCCUGAGCACAGCAUUUGCUGACGUCCUGCGAGAUUUAGAUGCGGAGGUGUCAUACCUCAAAGAAAAGGUUGUCCUGGUGGAAGAGCUUGAGUCACUGAAAAAAGAUUCACAGACCCAAAACCAACUUCUGCUUCAACAACAUCAAAAUAGGAUUGAGCAGCUAGUAAGUGAGCAUGAACAGGAGGUGGCAGCACUGACUGUCCAAGCAAACAGUGCAGGCAGCUAUGCAAAUAGUAUCCAGAGCCAGAUGGAGAUCAUUCAAGAUCAAGGAAGAAAUCAAAAUUCAGUGCACGCCCAUCAAGUUAGUCACCUGGAAUCUACGGUUUCUCAGCUGCGUUCUGAAUUACAAGAAGCUGGGAGGGUGUAUGGAGACAAGGUUGAUGAUCUUGAGAAGGAGUUGCACUUAGCUCAUUCUGAGAUAGCAGAAGCUCGGACAGAACAGUAUCAACGCAGCCAAGAAUCUGGAAAUCUGCAUGACCAGAUUCAUCAAUUGUUGGCGGAACUUCAUAAAAAAGAGAUAGAACUACGUCUAGAAAAAGAGCAGAACAAGCGAUUUUGGGAUCGGAACACAGACAACGGCAUCACUAUUGACCAUCUAAGGAGAGAACUAGACAGCAAAAAUGUGCAGUUGCAGCACCUGGAAAACACAGUGAAAGUAACGAGGGCUGAAUGUCACAGGCAAACGGAGCGCCAGAUGGCUGCAGCUAAAGAAAAAAAUGAAAGCAUUGGGAGAAUCUCCUCUUUGACUGUCCAGCUGGAGUCAACUAAGGAAACACUCCGUAAAGUUAAAGAAGAUCUUAGAGCCAAAGAGGUCGAUUUGGAGACUGCUGAGAAAACAGUGUCAAACCUGACGGCCUGUCUGCAGGAGAAAGGGAGAGCCCUUGAGGUCACCAGUAAGGAAAUCAAGAAGCUACAUUCACAACUUGGCAGCAGAAUGCAGGAGCUCCAGCAUCUAAAGAAUGAAGAGGACCAUUUACACAGUGUGCAGUCAGAGUGUGAAACACUGAAACUGCAGGUGUUAGAGAAGGAAAGGAUUAUUGAGAUUUUCCAAAAGCAAGUUGAUAACAUGACCCAGAUUGUGGGCCAGCACAGUCGAACUGCUGGAGCAAUGGAAGUUGAGAAAUCUCAGUUUAUAAAAGAAAUAAAUGGCUGGAAACUCAAAGUAGAAGAACUUAAGAUUGCAAAGGAUGAGAAAGAAGCCAGAAUACAUGAAAUGGAGGCCAGACUGAGUGAGCUGGAACGGGAAAAGGUUAAACUGGUUAACACAUGCACUGAGAGGCUCCAUGCACUUAAUGAUAUGAAACUGGAAAAAGACCAGCUAAUGAACGAACUCCAAGCCAGUCGGAGCGAGCUAGCUGGCCUGACAGAGGAAUUUGAAGAUUUGAAGAGGAAUUAUCAGAAUAAAAUUGAGGAGACGGAAAAUACUGCAAACAGACUGAAAAUGCAGUUGAGAUCUGCCCAAGUGGAACUGGGACAGACCAGGACUGCUCUAAAGACUAUGGAGAGGUCUGAUGGCAAUGCCAUGAAAGUUGCAGUGGGCAUGCAGAAGCAGAUCACAGCCAAGAGAGGACAAAUAGAUGCAUUACAGAGCAAGAUUAAGUUCUUGGAAGAGGCAAUGACAAAUGCAGCUAAGGAGAAGCAUCACCUCAGAGAAGAAAAUAGUAAACUAAGUAAAAAAUUGAGGUAUAUUACAGCAGAAAAUACCAAGAUUGUUGUCGAACUGGAGAUCCUAAGAUCACAAGACAAACGUCUGAAAGAAAAAAUACCUAAGAUGGAGACAGCCCUUGAUAAGGCGUCCAUGCAGUUUGCAGAAUGUCAGUGCAUAAUCCAGUGUCAGGAACAAGAAGCUAUGCGCUUCCGGCUGCAGCAUACUUUAGACGUGAAAGAGCUGCAGGGCCCAGGCUACUCAGCAGCUUCUGCUUCAGGCAAGCUGCGGCGCAUGGUGCCUCUUUCCCACCUGCAAUCUGCUGUCGUGCCACGUUCCCUGAACUUGGCCAGCUGUGCCCCUCAUGUGCCUUCCAAGCCAGGCAUUUUGCAGGAAGAACCAUUGCAGGAUCUGAAGAGAAUUCUUCAAGAAUUAACAAGCUCAGAUAAUGACAUUCCCUCUGUGGAUCUUGGCAAGGAUGACAGCCGUGAGAUGGUGCAAGUAGAGGAUGCGCUGCGGUCUUCAGCUUACGAUCAGAUCCUUGCAAGAGGUGCAUCCAUCUCCUCAGCAGCUCCUCACUAUACAUCGUCUCCCAAGAAGGUCUCUCAGGAGGAGAGAUACAGAGCAAGGUCUCCAGUACACUUGCUGUUAACUGCUCCACCCAAUGACCUGGCGGCUGGCCCCAGCACCUCACCAGAGCACAGGCUGGCUGCAGGGAAGGUUGGCUCUCCAGAGGGUGCAGCCACAGGCCCCCAGAUAAUAGCUUCUCAGCCCAUGGAAGCUAGUGAGAAUACACCUAGGAGGCUGCAGAACAAUUUGGAAAGCCUACAAAACCUGGUGGAAUCCUUACAGAUAAAAAACCAAGCCAUGUCAUCAAUGAUCAGAACUCAGGAAAUGAAGACAGAGAAAGCAAAGGAAAAGAAGAAAAAGCUGUCAAAGUGA